CGCUCUCUCAGGUCCGGAGCUCAAACAUGGACAGGGGACAAGCGCUGGCCGUGUGGCUGCUCUGCUGCUGCGGCAGUCUGCGUGUGGUCACGGGCAUCCACAGAACCGACAUGUUCCCCUAUGGCUCUCUCAGUGGAGAUCUCAUUUUAGCUGAAGGCGACGAUGAGACGUCCAAAGUGCUGACCCUGCCAAGACCCCUGUACUUCUACGACACGUCCUUCCCUCAACUAUAUGUGGCUACCAAUGGCAUCAUCUCGGCUCAGGACCUCCCCAUGGAAAAGCAAUAUGUAGACGAUGGCUUUCCGACUGAUUUUCCUGUUGUAGCUCCUUUCCUUGCUGAUAUCGAUACAAGCAACGGACAAGGGCAGAUCUACUAUAGAGUAACUGAAACGCCCAGUGUGCUCAACAGAGUGGCCAGGGAAGUGAACAGAGGUUUCCCAGAUGCAAGAUUCGCUCCCACGCACGCUGUAGUGGCAACUUGGGAAAAUGUGGCCGCGUACGAAGAUGAUCCCAAGAAACGGCCAACCAACAAGGUCAAUACGUUCCAGGCUGUUAUUGGGUACGAUGAGAGAGAUUCAUAUGUUGUCUUCCUCUAUCCUGAAGAUGGCUUGAAUUUCUUUGGGACCAGGCCAAAGGAGUCCUAUAAUGUGGAGAUUCAGCUUCCUGCUAGAGUGGGCUUCAGCAGAGGAGAAGUGGCGUAUUUUGUCUUUUCCAGAACAGAGGGGCCCCACUACAGUGUGACAAGUGAUGAGCAGAGUGUGAAAAACCUCUACCAGGUUGGCAAUACUGGAAUUCCUGGAGUUUGGCUUUUUCACACUGGAAACCGUUACUCUUUCAACAACAUCGUACCUGCCUCUUUCGGUGGACUUCUGGCCACUUCCCCACCGAGAGGAUUUGAGUUUGUCUUGGAGUCCACCACUCCAGAGUACGCUGAGCUCGAGGAAUAUUCGGAUAACAAUUACAGCCCAGAUGACGAUGAAGAAGAAGAUUACCCUGAGAAUGGUGGGGACCCCGAGUAUCCAACAGCACCCGUGGGAGGAAACCCCUCAGAGCCUGUUGAACCUGGUGUCACCCAUGCACCCCCAACUGAAGACUCACCUGCCCCACAUAGCACUGAAGAUGUUCCAGUGACGGAGCCUAGUGAAAGGCCUCAAGUACCGCCCAGGCAGUAUGCUCCUCCCCCACUGCGCAAGGAGACAGCGAACGCACCACCACAGGUCCCUCUUGAAGUUGUGGAUGUGUACCCUCCUCCCCCCAGCGACCCCCACCUUUCCCCUGGCGGGCACGUGGUCAAUGUGGAUGAGGACGAAGUCUUUGACACGGGAGUGAUUCAGUACACCACUGAGAAUAAGGAAACAUGUGCGAGAUUUCAACAACAAUGUUCCCAGAACGCCAUCUGCUCCGACUAUGACACUGGUUUCUGUUGUCACUGCAAGUCUGGUUUCUAUGGAAAUGGACGCCAAUGUCUUCCUGAUGGUGCCCCCCAGCGUGUGAGUGGAAAGGUGAGCGGUACAAUCACGGUCGGCUCCACUCCCGUGCUGCUGGACCAUGUUGACCUUCAUGCUUAUAUCGUUGUGGGUGAUGGCAGAGCAUACACCGCCAUAAGCAAGGUCCCUGAUUCAAUAGGAUGGGCUCUGAUGCCUGCUUCACCCAUUGGAGAACUGUUUGGAUGGCUUUUUGCUCUUGAACUGCCCAAUAGCCAAGCUGGAUUCAAAAUCACAGGGGCGGAGUUCACCCGUCACGCUGAGGUUGUCUUCUAUCCGGGCAAUGAGCGCUUGUCAAUCAUUCAAACGGGGCGGGGCCUUGAUGACCAGAAUCACAUCACCGUGGAUACUGUCGUCAAUGGCAACGUGCCCUCCAUCCCUUCUGGAGCAGAGGUGACCAUGGAUCCAUUCAAGGAGAUCUACCAGUACUAUCCAUCUGUGGCCACCUCCACAUCUGUGCGUGAGUUCAGUGUUGUUUCGGCGGACAGGGGCUCCGAGUCAUUCUCCUUCCAGCUCAAGCAGAACAUCACGUUCCGAGACUGUCGACAUGACACCCGGCCCACCCUGGAGACGCUGCAGAUCACCAUGGAGAGAGUCUUCAUGAUGUAUGUGAAGGAGGAGCGCAUCCUGAGAUACGCCAUCACCAACAAGAUCAGCGCCGUGGGAGUGGAGCCGAGUGGACCAGACCAAGUGAACCCAUGCUAUACUGGGACCCAUGACUGCGACACCACUGCCCAGUGUAUACCACAGGAGGGCCUGACCUUUGAAUGUAAAUGUGCCACAGGAUACACCGGAGAUGGACGCAACUGCUAUGACAUAGACGAGUGCGUGGAGAGUGCGAGUUCCUGUGGUGCACAUGCUCAGUGCGUGAACCUGCCUGGGAGCCACCGCUGUCAGUGCCAAACUGGAUAUGAGUUUGGCUUUGAUGGACGCACGUGUGUGGAUAUUGAUGAGUGCAGUUCCUCACCGUGUAACCUCAAUGCUAGAUGCAUGAACUCGCUUGGUACCUUCCACUGUCAGUGCCACUCUGGGUAUUAUGGUGACGGAUUCUCAUGCAGCCAAGAAGGUCAAACAGGGCGUCCAAAGAGCCACUGUGAGCAGCAUAGAGACAACCUACAAAGUGGACUGGACCAUGGUGUUGGAGCUUUUAUUCCCCAGUGUGAAGCCGAUGGACGCUACAGGCCACUACAGUGUCAUGGUUCCACUGGUCAUUGUUGGUGUGUGGACAACAGUGGACAGGAGAAGCCAGGCACCAGAACUCCACCAGGGACCUCCCCCACCGACUGCAGUAGACCAGAUGAGCCAGGUCGCCAUAAAACCCAAUGCGAGCACCAUAGAGACAGUGUUCAGACCACCAGCCCUGAAGGUUACCCUAUCACUGGAGUGUUUGUACCACAGUGUGAUGCAAAUGGGCAGUACAUAUCUCUACAGUGUCAUGGAUCCACUGGGCAUUGUUGGUGUGUGGACGGUACAGGACAGGAGAGACCAGGAACUAGAACGUCUCCAGGCUCACCUCCAGCAGACUGCAGCAAACCAAUUUUACCAGGUCGUCUUAAGACUCACUGUGAGCACCAUAGAGACAGUGUGCAGACCACCAGCCCAGAGGGAUACGAGAUCCUUGGAGUUUAUGUACCUCAAUGUGACCUAGAGGGACAGUAUGUGCCACAACAGUGUCAUGGUUCCACUGGGUAUUGCUGGUGUGUGGACAGCACUGGGCAAGAGAAACCAGGGACUCGGACUCCUCCUGGGGCAUCACCUCACAACUGUAGCCAUCCAGAAGGACCAGUGCGUCCAAAAACCCAUUGUGAGCACCACAGAGACAGUGUCCAGACCACCAGUCCAGAGGGGUACCCCAUACUUGGAGCUUUUGUACCUGAAUGCGAUGCUAAUGGGCAGUACACACCUCAACAGUGUCAUGGAUCUACUGGACAUUGCUGGUGUGUGGACAGCUCUGGACAAGAGCGCCCAGGCACUAGGACCCCCCCUGGUACCCCCUCAGUAGACUGUGACCGACCAGUUGUUCCGGAGCAUCCUAAAACUCAAUGUGAGCAUCACAGAGACAGUAUCCAGACCACCAGUCCAGAAGGGUACCCUAUCACUGGAGCCUAUGUACCCCAAUGUGAUGCGAAUGGAGCUUACCUUCCCCAACAGUGCCAUGGUUCUAUUGGAUAUUGCUGGUGUGUGGACAGUUUGGGACAAGAGAGACCAGGCACAAGGACAGGACCUGGGACGUCUUCUGUGGACUGCUCCAAACCAGAUGAAUCAGCACGUCCCAAAACUCACUGUGAACACCACAGAGACAGCGUCCAGACCACCAGUCCAGAGGGGUACCCCAUACUCGGAGCCUAUGUACCCCAAUGUGACGGUAACGGGCAAUACAAUCCUCUGCAGUGUCAUGGGUCAACUGGGCAUUGCUGGUGCGUGGAUAGCACUGGACAGGAGCGACCAGGCACAAGGACCCCUCCAGGUUCACCACCUGUAGAUUGUGACAGGCCAGUUGAACCCACUCGCCCCAAAACUCACUGUGAGCACCACAGAGACAGUGCACAGACCACUACACCUGAGGGCCAUCCUGCCAUAGGAGCCUAUGUCCCACAGUGUGACGAGAAUGGACAGUACUUAUCUCAACAGUGCCAUGGUUCUACAGGACAUUGUUGGUGUGUGGACAGCACAGGACAGGAAAGACCAGACACCAGGAGUUCACCUGGAUCACCAAGAGUAGACUGUGACCGACCAGUUGAACCCACUCACCCCAAAACUCUCUGCGAGCACCACCGAGACAGUGUGCAGACCACUACACCUGAGGGCCAUCCUGUGGUAGGAGCCUAUGUCCCACAGUGUGAUGAAAAUGGACAGUACUUGCCUAAACAGUGCCAUGGGUCUACAGGCCACUGCUGGUGUGUGGACAGCACAGGACAGGAGAAACCUGGAACCAGGAGCUCCCCUGGAACACCACGAGUAAACUGUGAGCAAGCAGUUGAACCAACUCGUCCUAAAACUCACUGUGAGCACCACAGAGACAGUGUCCAGACCACUUCACCUGAGGGCCAUCCUGUGGUAGGAGCCUAUGUCCCACAGUGUGACGAGAAUGGACAGUACUUAUCUCAGCAGUGUCAUGGUUCUACGGGACAUUGCUGGUGUGUGGAUAGCACAGGACAGGAGCGAUCAGGCACCAGGACCUCACCUGGAACACCCCGAGUAGACUGUGACCGACCAGUUGAACCAACCCGCCCUAAAACUCACUGUGAGCACCACCGAGACAAUGUUCAGACCACUUCACCUGAGGGCCAUCCUGUGGUAGGAGCCUAUGUCCCCCAAUGUGACGAGAAUGGACAGUACUUAUCUCAACAGUGCCAUGGGUCCACAGGACAUUGUUGGUGUGUGGACAGCACUGGACAGGAGAGACCGGGCACCAGGAGCUCACCUGGAUCACCACGAGUAGACUGUGAUCGGCCAGUUGAACCAACUCGCCCUAAAACUCACUGUGAGCACCACAGAGACAGUGUCCAGACCACUACACCUGAGGGCCAGCCUCUGGUAGGAGCCUAUAUCCCCCAAUGUGACGAGAAUGGACAGUACUUAUCUCAACAGUGCCAUGGUUCUACGGGGCAUUGCUGGUGCGUGGACAGUACAGGACAGGAGCGAUCAGGCACCAGGAGCUCACCUGGAUCACCACGAGUAGACUGCUCCAAACCAGAUCAACCUCAACGUCCAAAAACCUACUGUGAGCACCAUAGAGACAGUGUCCAGACCACCAGCCCAGAGGGGUACCCCAUACUCAAAGCUUAUGUACCCCAAUGCGAUGAAGAGGGACAGUACAUACCCCAACAAUGCGAUGGCUCCACUGGGCAUUGCUGGUGUGUGGACAGUACAGGACAAGAAAAAGCUGGAUCUAGGACAGGGCCUGGUGUAACCCCUAAAGACUGUAGCAAACCUGUUGAACAAACUCACUGUGAAUAUCACAGAGACAGUGUCCAGUCCAACUCAGGGGGACGACCUAUGAUAGGGGCCUAUGUUCCACAAUGUGAUGCCGAUGGACAGUACCUCCCCAAACAGUGCCAUGGCUCCUCUGGACAUUGCUGGUGUGUGGACAUCAAUGGACGAGAGAGGGCAGGGACCAGAACUCCACCGGGCAGUCCUCCCAUAGACUGCAAUAGACCAGUGCCAGUCGCCCCCACUCAGCGCCCCGAGAGUGUGUGCGAGCGCUGGAGAGCCAGUUUGAUUGAACAUUAUGGAGGAAAACCAGAGCCACAACAAUAUUUACCUCAAUGUGAACCAGACGGACAGUUCAGCCCUGUGCAGUGUUAUGGGGAGACCACUUACUGUUGGUGUGUGGACCAAGAUGGACGAGAAGUUCCUGGCACCAGAUCUCAUGAUGUUGUUAAACCAGCAUGCCUUCCCUCUGUGGCUCCGCCCACUGUGCGCCCCAUACCCCGCCCAAAUGUCACCCCCCCACCGGAUGCUGAGGUCACGCUGCUGUAUGCUCAGGGACAGAAAAUCGGAGCACUGCCUUUGGAUGGGACCAAACUGGACACUAACCGCUCCAAAACACUACUGACUUUACACGGCUCUAUAGUUGUCGGUAUUGCCUAUGACUGCAAAGAAAACCAGGUUUAUUGGACUGAUCUGUCUGCACGGACCAUCAACAGAGCCAUGCUUCCUGGAGCUGAGCCAGAGAUCCUCAUUGGCUCAAAUCUGGUCAGUCCAGAGGGUCUGGCUGUGGAUUCUCAACGCAGGAGGAUGUUCUGGGUUGACUCGUCUCCAGAUCUGAUCGAGACCUCCAACCUGGAUGGUACCGGACGAAGGACCCUUUUCGACACAAAUCUGGUCAACCCCAGAGCCAUUAUAGUGGUCCCCUCCAGCGGGACCUUGUAUUGGACUGACUGGAACCGCGAGGCUCCAAAGAUUGAGACAGCUUCAGUGGAGGGAAAGAACCGCAGAGUGGUGGUAUCAGAUGGGAUCGGUUUACCCAAUGCCCUCACCUAUGACUCCUCCACAGGGCAGGUCUGCUGGGCUGAUGCAGGUACAAAGCGUUUGGAGUGCAUAUAUCCAGAUGGGUCCGGUCGUAAAGUGGUCCAUCCCAACCUCAACUACCCCUUCAGCAUGGUUUACUACAGACAACACUUUUAUUACACAGACUGGAGAAGGGAUGGGGUGAUCACAGUGAACAAAGAGACCAAUAAGCUGACAGAUGAGUAUCUACCAGAGCAGCGUUCUCAUCUGUAUGGAAUUGCCAUAGCCUCAACCCAGUGUUUAUCAGGGAUCCACUAACGCUGGCUUUGUGGUUACUCCAUUGGUGCUACAGUUGGGUGACGUCUCCAGGUGGAAGGGCAGCCCGGGCACAGAGGCAGUGCCCAGUGCAGCUUAGAAGGACUUUUUGAAGGAAGCAAGGAGGCUUCCGAUGCCCGCUUGACCGUCACAGCAGUUUUACAAAACCCUCUGAAUCUGAAUCCACUCACCCCUAUUCUCGUCUCGAAGAUAUAACCCCCAAUAUGUUUUGUAAAUUUGUUUUAUACCUCAAUUCUUAGCUUUUUUUCUACUGUAUUUUUGUACUUGAGUUGUUUUAGAUUUUAUACCAAUUACAGAAAGUGUUAUUUUCAGAAAUUAAGACAAAAUGUGUACCAUUGAUGAUGCAGUAUAAUACAAAGUAAAAAGAGAUGAAUUAGUUGUUAAAUAUGACCUAUGCAGUUCUAUUGUCAGAACAGUCUCAAAAGUAAUAGUUAUUGAUAAGUGAUUUUCAAUGAAUAGUUUGAACAGCGUUGCCUUGUCAUUUUCCUGCACUGCUUUUGUAUAAUUUCACACAUUUUGAAGUGUUGUUUGCCAAAUUAAAUACCAAAUAUUUUCGACAUUUCCCCAGAUAACAUUUUUAUAAGAUGUAAUAUUUAUAACAAUAAAAUGUGACUUGGUAAUUCAAGUUGCAGUUUUAUUACA